AUGCAUCGUCUUUUACUCGAAACAUUGUGUGCUGCUUGUUGUUUACUUACUGUUGGUGCAUUGAAACAUCACAUUCUUACCAAAAGCUGGGAUGAAGCACAAACGGACUGUCUCGAGUAUCUACGUACCGAACCGUCUCGUUCAUUGCUCUACAGCUCCCACCAGUACGGAGACGAUCAGACGACGAAGGAACUGAUUUUUUGCAUCUUGCUAAACCUACGCAUCUUCGAAGUAACACAAAACGUACCGCGUGUUGAAUUGAUGCGCCAAUUCUUCACACCAGACGAUGGCGAUACGAUGCACGUGAACCGCACCAACGAAUGUCUACGAAGAGUUCAAAUUCCACUGAAGGAGAACAGUUCGAGUGGUAGUGGCAAUCUUUAUUGCGGUGCAAUCGAAACGGCGAAUGGGAUAUUCCGAUGUUUCUAUUAUUAUUACGGAAAUCUCAACCGAAAUGCAGUGGAACUUCCACCGACCGUGCUUGAACGGCAACAAAUUCAGCAAGAGUGUGCUAAGAUCGUCGGUAUUCCCGAAGGAUUGCUCAGAUGUGGAUCACAAUUGAAGGAUCAUCCUUUGUAUAGCAAUUUUUCGCACUGUGUGAUAUUGAGGAGUGGAUCAAUGGAUUUAGAUGUUAAUUCAGGCAACAGUUUAAAAGCUGACAGCUGGACGAUAUAG